AUGGGCGACUUGCCAGCCGAUCGCGUCACUGCCAUCCGACCAUUCGCUGGAGUCGGAACUAAUUUCGCUGGCCCUGUCUUAGUCAAGUCGUCCUGCUUUCGUAACGCGUGCUCACAUGGAGCCUACCUGUGCGUGUUCGUGUGUCUCUCCACUAAGGCCGUUCAUCUGAAACUUGAUAGGCGACACGGUGCGAUGUCGUUCCACUUGGCGCAGAUGCUGACCGGGCACGGCUGCUUCGGUCGCUAUCUGUGCCGAGCGCUGGGGCGGGAGCCGACGUCGGAAUGUCACCAUUGCGACGCCGGCGCCGAGGACACGGCGGAGCACACGCGCGCGGUCUGCCCGGCGUGGUGCGAAGAGCGCGCCGCCCUGUCGGCGGCCAUCGGAGCGGAUCUCUCGCUGCCGGCCGUGGUCUCGGCCAUGGUCGGCAGCGAGGAGAACUGGAGCGCCGUCUCCUCCUUCUGCAGCGCCGUGAUGCUGCGGAAGGAGGCGGCGGAGCGGGAGCGGGAACGGGAUCCGAACUCGCUUCCGUCU